GGAUUGACCGACAUUCUUAUUUGAUGCGCAUGCGUUCUAAUUACUUUCUGUUACCUGAAUCUGAGAAUGUUGGUAAUACUUAGUCCACAACACGAUAUGGUUGAUAUUUGAUCCCUAUUUCUGUAUCUGGUGACACUGCCGAUUUAUGGCUAAUCCAGGACAUCCGUACGGACAUUCAAUGAUGUCCCAGCAAGGUAUAGGACAACAGUUCCCGGCAAACACAAUGGCCAAUCAGCAACAGCAGCCACAACAACAAGGUACAAUGUCAAAUCAGCAAAGCAUGAUGGGAGUCCAGCAGACGCAGCAAGGCAUGAUGGGAAUUCAGACACAAGGAUCAUUACCCCAGCAGACUCCACAAAUAAUGUCUCCCACCAAGGAGAUCAAUGGAGUCAGUAUGUGUAAGAAGGGACAGGAAAGUGUGCAAGAACUGUUUCAGAGAAUGCACGAGGUCUUCAAAUACAUGACCACCAAGGGAAACCAGCUACCUAAUGGCGUGAACUGCAGUGUUCAGGUAGCCCAGGAUAGGAGAGCGAAGGUGAGCGAGCAGCUGGAACAGCUCACUAUAUUGUUCAAGAAAAUCCGCCUCUUCUACGACAGUGUCAAUGAAAUAUGUCCUGAUGAACCAGCAGAGGAAACAUUAGUGGCUGCUGUAGGACAAACCUUUGAAGAGAAAUUCACUCCCAAUGCUGAGUCAUGCUUCAAGUACAGAAUAGGAAAAGAGGAAAACCGAGAUAUGGUAGAGCAAUUGAGAAUGAAGAACAGACAGCUAAAGGCAAUUAUUGAUCAGAUGCGAACCAUUAUCUGGGAAAUCAACACAAUGAUCGUUAUGAGAAAGACUUGAAGUCAAUGAACAGCAUUUCAGAUGGAGAGAUAUUCUGCAGUUGGUGAUGGUUUAAAAAUGCUCACAUGGAUAAUGUUUCAGUCUCAGCCUGCUGCCUGUGAUCAUGUCUUGCAAGAUAUGUAUUUCAGUGAAGGUCUGCCUUACUUAAAACCAUUGCUGCUGGCUUUUUAAGGAAUGCCCUAUGUGCAAAAAUGUAUUUGCCAGAACUUGCUUGGGGAGGCCCCUCUUCUUUAUCAAGGUCAUGUUAUGCAAGUAAUUCAUGUUGGAUUAUAUUUUCUAUCCUUAAGGCUGUUAUUGUCAAAUUUCAUCAGUAUAUUGUUCUUGGGUACUACUUUACAACUGGAAAGUCAAACCAGACCUUGCAAGAAAUCCUUGUCUGAACAGAUUACAUAGAAAAACAACUUCCACUUUUAUUUUGUUUGUAUAAUGUAAGUAUUUUCAUGUACAUAGCACUACAAACAGCAGCACACUGACCUAAUUGUACAUUUUCUGUAAGAUCUCGUGAAAAUAAAUGUUAAAACUGA